AUGGCGACGACUUUGCAGCUAAUUAUGCUGGCGCUAGUGGGAGGAGCCUUCGGUCAGGCCAAUAACACGGACUACAAGCUACUCCUGAGCUCCAUUGUACAACAGCUCGAGGGCGGCCUGGAACUGCAUCUAAGGAGCCCCGAGGACGGAGACCUCGAUCUUGUCCAGUUUUUGAUGGUGCAAGAAAAGAGCUCCAUAAAAAUAAGUGUGAAGAAAGAGGAAGCACCGACAGGAGCAGAAGUAUUAAGACAUAAUUUUUUCGUUUUUGAAGACGCACAUCAAAUGCAGGAAAUCCUGACCAGGUUGGUCAACACGGAUGGCUUCUAUAUAUUGGCUCUAGAGAAUAACACAAUUGAGGAUGAUGUAAUCUUGAGGGAUUUUGCGGCCGAUGUGUGGCUUCAGCACGGACACAGUAGGAUUUACUACGUUCAAAUAAGCCAGCAAAGUGUGCUCCUCUAUAAUCCCUUCAAGCAGAGUGUAGUAGUGGUUCAAGAUGCCAAAACCUAUAGAAGGAUCUACAAGGAUCUGGAGGGUUACCAUUUGAGGAUAUACAUCUUCGACUCAGUUUAUUCCAGUGCGACUGGAGAUGGCGAAAACAAAAAGGUUCUAAGUGUGUCAGGAGCGGAUGCUAACUUGGCCAAAACAGUGGCAAGGCAACUGAACUUUACGGCUGAGUAUCUGUGGCCGGAUGAUGAAUUUUUUGGAGGUCGCCUGCCAAAUGGCGAGUAUAGUGGCGGCGUGGGUCGCGCUCACCGCGGCGAGGUGGACAUCAUCUUUGCCGGUUUCUUCAUCAAGGACUACCUUACUACGCACAUACAGUUCAGUGCGGCCGUCUACAUGGACGACCUCUGCCUGUACGUGAAAAAAGCACAGAGAAUUCCGCAAUCCAUUUUGCCCCUCUUCGCGGUUCAUGCGGACGUGUGGUUAUGCUUCCUGCUAGUGGGCCUGCUAGGAACCCUCGUCUGGCUCAUCCUGAGAGCCUUAAAUCUAAUUCUACGCAUUGAACGCAUACCGGAUGGUGCACGGAUCACGAAGACCAGUUACUUCGGAGCCGCCCGACGCAUUUUCAUCGACACUUGGGUCGUUUGGGUGCGGGUGAAUGUGGGUCGCUUUCCGCCCUUUCACUCGGAGCGCAUCUUUGUGGCUUCUCUGUGUCUGGUGAGCGUGAUUUUUGGAGCCUUGCUCGAGUCCAGCUUGGCCACAGUUUACAUAAGACCUCUUUACUACCGGGAUGCUAAUACUUUGAGGGAAUUGGAUGAAUCCGGCCAGCCCAUUUAUAUAAAACACCCUGCCUUUAAGGAUGAUCUCUUCUAUGGCCACGACUCAGCGGUCUAUCGCCGAUUGGAUGCCAAGAUGAUGCUGGUGGCCGAGGGCGAGGAGCGACUCAUUGAGAUGGUGUCCAAGAGAGGCGGAUUCGCGGGCGUCACCCGGUCCGCUAGCUUGCAGCUGAACGAUAUACGAUACGUGAUGACUAAGAAAGUGCACAAAAUCCCCGAGUGCCCCAAAAACUACCACAUUGCCUAUGUCCUGCCGCGUCCCUCGCCUUAUCUGGAGGAGGUGAACCGGAUCGUACUGCGCCUCGUGGCCGGGGGCAUCGUUAAUUUGUGGACAGGGGAGGCCAAGGAGCGUGCCAAAUGGAGCAUCCAACGGUUCCCCGAAUACUUGGCCCAACUAGACGUCGGGCGGUGGAAGGUGCUCACCUUGUCCGACGUCCAGCUAGCCUUUUACGCCCUCUUUAUUGGAUGUCUACUUGCAGCUAUUGUGUGCAUGGCGGAGGUUUUGUUGCGGCGCAAACGAGCAACAGUAAACAAGAUUUAA